GGGCUGAGGGGGAUGCUCCGGGUCCCACCUCCGCGGGGAGCUGCGCAUUUCCGCGCGCCAGAGCCGCCCGGGCUCCGGUGGGCCCUCGCGGCGGCUGCCCGCGUUCCGCGUCCCCGGGAAGUUGUCUCCGGAGCCCGCGGUGCCUGGGUCUCCUCCCCCUGAGCCCCGCCCCAAGCUGGGAGCCGUGAGCCGCCUGGCCCGGGGGCGUCGCCGCUCGCUCUCCGAAGCCCGCGAGUCUUCGCUUCUCUGCGCGGGGUGUGCGUCCCCCGCCCGGCCGGGGACCCCGUGCACCCCCGAGACGGCGCGCGCCCAGAGCGCGGGAGCCCGGAGCGCCGGGCGCCUGGGAUCCGGCGGAGCCGCUGCCCAGCCCGCUGGGCUCGGCAGGGAUGCAGGCUGCGCUGUGAACCCGGGCGCCAAGGCCAUGUCCGGCGCCCGCUGCCGGACCCUGUACCCCUUCUCUGGGGAGCGGCAUGGCCAGGGGCUGCGCUUCGCCGCGGGCGAGCUCAUCACGCUGCUGCAGGUCCCGGACGGCGGCUGGUGGGAAGGCGAGAAGGAGGACGGGCUCCGCGGCUGGUUUCCAGCGAGCUACGUGCAGUUGCUGGAGAAGCCUGGAAUGGUCCCCCCUCCGCCGGGAGAGGAAAGCCAGACCUUCGUCCUUCCACCGGGCUGGCAGAGCUACUUGUCCCCCCAGGGCCGGCGCUACUAUGUCAACACGGCCACCAACGAGACCACCUGGGAGCGUCCCAGCAGUUCUCCUGGGAUUCCAGCCAGCCCUGGCCCUCACCGGAGCUCUCUGCCUCCAACAGUGAAUGGAUACCACACGUCAGGGACCCCAGCGCACCCUCCCGAGACUGCCCACAUGAGUGUCCGAAAGUCCACCGGUGAUUCCCACCAGAACCUGGGAUCUUCGUCACCAGGCAAAAAGCAGAGCAAGGAAAACACCAUCACGAUAAACUGCGUGACCUUUCCUCACCCAGACACGAUGCCAGAGCAACAGCUGCUGAAGCCAACUGAGUGGAGCUACUGCGACUACUUCUGGGCGGAUAAGAAGGACCCGCAAGGCAAUGGCACUGUGGCUGGGUUUGAACUGCUGCUUCAGAAACAGCUGAAGGGCAAACAGAUGCAGAAGGAAAUGUCGGAGUUCAUCCGGGAAAGGAUAAAGAUUGAAGAAGAAUAUGCGAAGAACUUAGCCAAGCUGUCUCAGAACUCCUUGGCCGCACAGGAGGAGGGCUCCCUGGGAGAAGCGUGGGCGCAGGUGAAGAAGAGCCUUGCGGACGAGGCCGAAGUUCACCUCAAGUUCUCCGCCAAGCUGCACAGCGAGGUGGAGAGACCCCUGAUGAACUUCCGCGAGAACUUCAAGAAAGACAUGAAAAAGUGUGACCACCACAUCGCUGACCUCCGCAAGCAGCUCUCCAGCCGCUACGCCGCGGUGGAGAAGGCCCGGAAGGCCCUCACGGAGCGGCAGAGAGACCUAGAGAUGAAGACCCAGCAGCUAGAGAUUAAGCUGAGCAACAAGACAGAGGAGGACAUUAAGAAGGCGCGGAGGAAGUCCACGCAGGCAGGAGAUGACCUGAUGCGCUGUGUGGACCUCUACAACCAGGCCCAGUCCAAGUGGUUCGAAGAGAUGGUGACCACCACACUGGAGCUGGAGCGGCUGGAGGUGGAGAGGGUGGAGAUGAUCCGGCAGCACCUGUGCCAGUACACGCAGCUGCGGCACGAGACGGACAUGUUCAACCAAAGCACAGUCGAGCCUGUGGACCAACUGCUUCGAAAAGUGGACCCAGCCAAAGACCGGGAGCUGUGGGUCAGAGAGCACAAGACGGGCAACAUUCGCCCUGUGGACAUGGAGAUCUAGACACGCGGCCGGGGGUCCUGCCGAGGAGGGGCUGGGGGCCCCACGGAGAGGAAGUGGCGCCCCCGCCGUGGGGGCUGCUGCCAGGCGGAGCCUCCCUCCCACCCGCUCUCCUGGUCCCCCGAGGAGAGGGGACAGUGAUGCCAGGAGGGCGGCCUGGACGGCCCCAUUGGGAGCUCUCCAUAGUUCCCAGGCCGAGGAGAUGGAACCACAGCCCUGCCCUUGUCUCCGAGGCUGAAGCCCCCCAAUCCUGUGCUGUGCUUGCCACUCCAAGAACCAACUGAGGCUGGAACUCUGGUCCCUGCUGAGCACUGCAGGGUCCCCUCCCCACCCAGAGACGGUUGUGUCACACGCUUGUGCCCCUGGAAGCCCCAAGGCCCUUCCUCCAGCUGGCCCCCCUGUCCCCAGGGCUUUGGAGGGGCAGGGGAGGGAGGUCUCUGUCUCAAAACCGAGUGUCCUGACAGAAUCAUGGAUAGAAGCCACCGUUCAGCUCAACAGCCCGCACCCAGAAUCCUUUGCAACCCUCCUCUCUGAUUUUUCCCCGUUGCAUUCCGGGAGCCCACAUCCUGGCUCUUCUCUGCUCCUUUUCAUCAUUGGGAGUCUUGGGAAGAAGGCCUGGCCCCUGUCUUCCCGGACUGACCCAGCCUAGAGAGGUCAGGAUGGAACUACCUCACUCAGCAAAUUAGCCCCAAGUCGGAGCAUCAAAUCCUGUUUCCUAAUAGAUCAGGAAUCCUCUGUCAAGUCCCCUCUCUGGACAUCCCCGUCCACUCAACCUGCAGCCUCUUCCUCCAGGAAGCUCCCUCCUCCCACCCUUGCCCAUCCCAGGGGCUGGCUCAGUUCCACGAGGGAGAUGGGUGGUGGUGCAAGUCUCUGUCACCCCCCAGAUGGCUCCACCUGCUUGUGCCCGGCGGGGUUGGGACCACUGUCCUUUGUGUGGCUUUCACUGGUGGGUACCAUACAGGCACCGUAGACCCUCACGUCCACAGGACGUGUCGCCUUCCAGGCAGUCGGCCGCCUCGGCCUCUCAGCCCCUUCUGCACGUUCCAGAGCCCUGCACGGAGCCCCCGCUUGGCGCUGGUACCACCUUGCCCUUUCCCCGCCUCCCAAUUCCUGGAGAAGCCUGGGCUGAGUGUGACCUGGGAAGCUUUUGGCCCUGUCUCACUCAUCACUUUCUCCCUUUACAGAACCACAGCAAACACGUUCUCCAUCAUGUUAAAUCUUGAGGCUCAGCUCAAGGGGACCAGAAGAAGAAAGGGGCUGAGGGAGGUCACACCGCUAGCAAGGGGCAGAUUUCUAGCCUGGAACCCGUGUCCUGAAAACCCAUCUUUCUUGUUAAUCUUUCCCGUUGAUUACUUUGGAUGUACAGAUCCCAUACGUCUCCCAAAGGGCAGAAGUCUAAGAGCACAAAUCACUGGUCUUUCUCUCCAUCUUACGUGCUGGUAACUGAUGACUCGUUAAUCUUCUCUCUCAUUGAGUCAGAAUGGCGCCGCCAUAGUUUAUCACAGAAAAGAUGCCAAAUAUCCUACAGCAAACCAAGCUCGGCCACUUUUAUUAAAACGUCCCAACCAGAAAGCUCACCGUGAAGGCCUUCAAGGCGAAGGCCUGCAGGACGGGUCUGUGUGUCUGGUGUGGAGAACCACUCCUUCCGGGUGUGAGGUUGGGCCGUGACACCAGCUGACAGUUUGGGGAUAUAUAUUCCUUGGUUUCUUUCAAAAAAAAAAAAAAUGGGUGCUAGUAGCAGUUGCUUUGUGGCUUGGUAAACUAAUCUGUGGAUGGUUUUAAAACAUUCAAAGCCAGUAGCCUUGUUAUUAACACAGAUAUUUUGAGUGUGA